AUGAUGCUGUUAAUACUAUUGCUGCUGCUGCCUGAUAUAGGAUGCAAGGUUGGGCAUGCUAAAUGUGGGAUACGGCACACUCAGCUGACUGUUCCCAAGUAUUAUCAGUCAGGAGAUUUCAUCUAUGGAGGCAUUCUUUAUCAAACUGCCUUCUAUAUGAAUCCAUACAACUUCCAGAAAUAUCCUUCUGGGCCACCUUUGGGAAAAAUUGUAGUGACUGAGAACUACCAGCAUGUCUUGGCUUUGAAAUUUGCUGUGAAGGAGAUCAAUGAAAAUGCCCAAAUGUUACCCAAUGUCACCUUGGGAAUCAAUAUUUAUGAUAGUCACCUGAAUGCAAAGUGGACUUAUCACGCGGCAAUGCAAUUGAUUUCUCCAAACAGCAAGUUUUUACCCAACUAUAAGUGCAUGAUGCAGGACAACCUUUUUGCAGUUAUUGAGGGAUUGGUCUCAGACAUCAUACACCAGUUUCCAAUUGUUAUGAGUCUUUAUAAAAUUCCACAGCUCAUGUAUGGAUCUGCUAGAGUUGAAACAGGGGACAGCAAUCUCCCUUCCUUCUUUCAAAUGGUUCCAAAUGGACUUUACCAGUAUCGAGGGAUCCUCCACUUACUUCUACAUUUCAACUGGAGGUGGAUCGGAUUCCUUGUCGCAAAUGGGAUGAACUUAGACUGGUUCAUGCAGACCCUGGUUCCUGAGUUUUCCAAAAAAGGCAUUUGCUUUGCCUUCAUAGAGUUAUUCACCAGUUCAUGUUAUGAUGGCAAUACAGGAUUUUUUUUAAAAUGUAUAAUAGCAUUUUAUGAGAAAAUAAUGGAUAACAAAGUCAGUGUCAUGGUUUUUAAUGGAGAUAUGCGUUCCAUGAUCUUUUUGAGAUAUUUAUUAAAUACAGAUUAUAAAGAAUUAAUGGGAAACCCAAAAGGGAAGGUAUGGAUCCUGACUGUUGGGAUGGAGUUGAAGUUUUUUCCGAGUAAAAAGAACUGGGAUUUGCAGGACUUCCAUGGUGCCAUAUCAUUUGCAAUUCAUGCCAAACAACUGAAAGGAUUCCAACAACAUAUUCAGGACAGAAAGCCUUCCUCUGUUAAAGAAGAUGGUUUUAUCGAGGAGUUUUGGACUCAUGCAUUUGGAUGUGCAUUUCAAGAUUCUGAUCUGGGAGUUGAGGUGGAGGAUGUUUGCACUGGAGAGGAGAAGCUAGAGAGCCUUCCUGAGCACGUUUUCCCAAAAAGAAUAACAGGCCACAGCUAUAGCAUCUACAAUGCUGUCUAUGCUGUGGCUCAUGCUCUGCACGCCACGUAUUCAUCCACAUCUGGAAGAAAGACAGUAAGGAAAGGAGAAGGAAGGAAGCUUCAUAAUCAUGGGCUCUGGCUGUUAUUUCAUUUUAUGAAAGCUGUAUCAUUUAACAACAGUGCUGGUGAAAGGAUUUUCUUUGAUAAGAAUAGGGAGCUAGUUCAAGAACUUGACAUCAUCAACUGGGUGAUCUUUCCAAACCAAACAUUCACCAGAGUGAAAGUUGGAAAAAUGGACCCUCAAUCUGCUCCAGAGGAAGCAUUCACCAUAAAUGAAGACGUAAUGGUAUGGCAAAGCUGGUUUAACCAGGCAUUGCCUCUUUCAGUCUGUAAUGCUCACUGCCAACCUGGAUCUAGAAAAAAAAGGAAAGAAGGGGAACCCUUCUGCUGCUAUGACUGCAUUGUGUGCCCUAAAGGAUUGAUAUCACCACACAAGGACAUGGCUGACUGUUUCAGAUGCCCAGAUGAAUACUAUGCUAGUGAAGAUCAGAAAACCUGCGUUCCCAAGAUUAUAAGCUUCUUGUCUUAUGAAGAACCCUUGGGUAUCAGCUUAGGUACUAGUGCCCUUUCAUUUUCAUUGGCAACAGUUAUGAUACUAGGCAUAUUUCUGAAGUAUCACAACACUCCCAUAGUGAAAGCCAACAACCGUGGCCUUACCUACACCCUUCUCAUUUCACUCAUGCUGUGCUUCCUUUGUGCAUUGCUCUUCAUUGGCCAGCCAAAGAAGGCAACGUGCUUCCUCCAGCAAAUAGCCUUUGGCAUUGUCUUCACAUUGGCUGUUUCUUGUGUGCUAGCAAAAACCAUCACCGUGGUUCUCAUCUUUAUGGCUACCCAGCCAGGAUCCAGGCUCAAAAAGUAUGUAGGGAACAGCCUGGCUUGCUCUAUUGUUCUUUCUUGCUCUGUUCUUCAAGUAAGUGUCUCUCUGGUGUGGUUGGCAACUUCUCCUCCCUUCCCAGAUACUGACGUGCAUUCAGUCCCUGAAGUAAUUGUUUUGAAGUGUAAUGAGUCAUCACCAGUCAUGUUUUAUUGUGUCCUGAGCUACAUGGGUUCCCUGGCCAUUGCCAGCUUCACCGUGGCUUUUUUUGCCCGCAAGUUGCCAAAUAGCUUUAAUGAAACCAAACUUAUCACAUUCAGCAUGUUGGUGUUUUGUAGUGUUUGGUUCACUUUUGUCCCCACCUACUUGAGUGCCCAAGGAAAAUAUAUAGUAGUGGUGGAGAUCUUCUGUAUCUUAUCUUCCAGUGCUGGAUUGUUGGGUUGCCUCUUUUUCCCCAAAUGCUACAUCAUUUUGUUGCGACCUGAGCUGAACAAGAAGCAGUUCUUAAGAAGGAAGCAGUAG